CAAACUGCGUGCCCGCAUUGGGUGCUCACGGAGAGGAGGACGACUACAGUUUUCCAGGAAAGACUUUAAGUUUUGUUUUCAGACAGUUGCUUCCGGGUUUUGAGCUUUAAACUACUCCGGCACAUCAGCCUAAAGUGACAGUAAUCUGCGUGAAAAGUUGGGCAGAUUCAUAAAGACACCGAUUAUUUAUUUAAUUAUUUGUUGAUCUGCACCUGCCAGCGGUGUGUUGAUGGAGAAGGAGGCGGUGUCGCAUGAGGCAGAGCGGGCCGAGGGUGCGCAGGGAGGAGCGCCGCCGUUAGGCUGCACAGGUGCUUGUUGUCAUGGAGGAGCAAAGAUGGCGGUCCUGGCCUAUAGCCUGGGCAAACGCGAAAUAAAUCAACAUUUCACCAUCAAAAACGCCAAACUGAUAUCGCUAGUAGUCGUCAUCUUACUCAUCGUGUUCCACACUGCUUCGCGGUACUAUGGAGGCGGAGACUCAUGUGAAUGGCUGCUGUCCAAAGGACGUUAUUUGGGGGAGAACGUGUGGCAGCCUUAUGGCUGCAUGAUGCACAAAUACAAGAGCAUUGAAGCCAAAACCUGCCUUGCUAAAAAGCAAGUGGCCUUUAUUGGUGAUUCACGAAUCAGGCAGUUGUUUUACUCCUUCAUCAAAAUUAUUGAUCCUGCGCAAAGAGAAGAUGGAAACAAGCACGAGGACAUUUCCUUUGAUGAUGAGAGAUCCUCUGUUAAUGUGAAAUUCCUGUGGUAUCCGGAGGCAAAUAAUUCUAUGAAGGAGCGCUUGAUAUCAUGGACAUACGAAGGUUCAGCAAAGCCAGAUGUUGUCAUCCUCGGAGCGGCAACAUGGUCCAUCAAGUUGCACAGUGGCAGCAGCGAGUCUCUGCAGAAGUACAAACUCAACCUGACAACCAUUGCUGUGCACCUGGAUAAGCUCGCUGAACAUGGAGAGGUCUACUGGGUCUUGCAAGACCCAGUAAACGAGGAGGUGUUGAGUGAGAGCAGGAAAGUGAUCACCAACUCACAGCUGGAGAUGUACAAUGACGCGGCGGUGGACGUGCUCAACAGCAGCAAACGCUACGGCAGGUCCCGAGUCAAGCUGUUGGCCGCGUCACGCCAGGCUGCACUGGAAACAAUCUCCCAGUCAGUGGACGGCUUGCACCUGCCGGAGAGCACCAGGAAUGUGGGAGCCAUGGUCCUCAUGAACUCUCUGUGCAACAAGAUAAUAAGACCCAUUGACGGCUCCUGCUGCCAGACGUUGCCCCCCCCAAACCACCUCCAGAAACUGUCGGCAUGUAUCUUUGUGGGUUCUGCCCUGGUCCUUAUCGUCCUCGCCAUCCUCGGCAACAACCGCCACCGCCGACCAGUGCCCCCAGAUGUGGAGAGCUUAGAGGAGAAGAAGCCAACGACUGCAGCUGUCCUUCAGGGACCAAAGGCACCACUCCAGGCCCUUUGCAGGAUGGGCAUCAUCAUGGCCUAUUUUUACAUUUGUGACAGAGCGGAUGUGUUCAUGAAAGAGCAGAAGUUCUACACACACUCCUCGUUCUUCAUCCCUCUCAUCUAUAUACUUAUCCUGGGAGUGUUCUACAAUGAGAACACCAAAGAGACCAAAUUACUCAACCGAGAGCAAACAGAUGAGUGGAAAGGCUGGAUGCAGCUGGUCAUUCUAAUCUAUCACAUUUCUGGGGCCAGCGCUUUUGUUCCAGUGUACAUGCAUGUGCGGGUGCUGGUGGCAGCGUACCUUUUCCAGACUGGCUAUGGACACUUUUCCUUUUUUUGGCUCAAAGGAGACUUUGGACUGUAUCGAGUGUGCCAAGUGCUUUUCCGUCUAAACUUCCUGGUCUUGGUGCUGUGCAUGGUGAUGGACAGACCCUACCAGGCCUAUUACUUUGUUCCUUUGGUCACCUUCUGGUUUGUCACCAUCUACGCCACGCUGGCCAUGUGGCCUCAGAUCCUUCAGAAGAAGGCCAACAGCAGUGGCUUGUGGCACCUUGGGGUCUUGGCGAAAUUACUUGGCCUCCUGCUAGUCAUCUGCGUCUUUGCCUACUCACAGGGUUUCUUUGAGCGUGUCUUCUCUGUGUGGCCCAUCUCCAUGCUGUUUGAGCUGGACGGAAGCAUCCACGAGUGGUGGUUCAGAUGGAAGCUGGACCGAUUUGCGGUGAUCCACGGCAUGUUAUUUGCCUUCAUCUAUCUGGUGCUCCAGAAGCGCCAGGUGCUGUCGGAGGGCAAAGGAGAGGCCCUCUUCUCUGCCAAGAUCUCAAACCUGCUUCUCUUCCUCUCUGUCGUCUCCUUCAUUACUUACUCAAUAUGGGCAAGCAGCUGCAAAACCAAAACAGAGUGCAACGAGAUGCAUCCUUUCAUCUCUGUGGUCCAGAUUUUGGCCUUCAUUCUCAUCAGGAACAUUCCUGGCUACGCCCGCUCUGUAUAUAGCUCAUUCUUUGCAUGGUUUGGAAAGAUCUCCUUGGAGCUGUUCAUAUGUCAGUACCACAUCUGGCUGGCAGCAGACACCAGGGGCAUUUUAGUCCUGAUCCCAGGAAACCCUUCACUUAACAUCAUGGUCAGCACCUUCAUCUUUGUUUGUGUGGCUCAUGAGAUCUCCCUCAUCACCAAUGAACUGGCCCAGGUGGUCAUCCCCAAAGACAGCAUGGCCCUGCUGAAGAGACUUGGGGCCGCCGGACUCUUCGGUGUCCUUGUAUUGCUGCUGGCCAGGAGCAGCCAGCCCACGCACGGCGCCUGACGGACACCUCUUGAUGGGUGGGGGUACAACAGACUCAUCAAGCCCCUGCUGAGGUUGGAAGUGAAGUAUUGUUCCAAGCCGGGAGCAGGCCUGGUGUUUUUGCCUACUGGUGGCCACGGGAGACGACUCUCAGAUGUGUUGGGUGGCAACACAGGGACCUGCGGGAGGACUGUCUCUUUGCUGGCCAUACAUGAGCAGAGUCUGUACUUUUUGACUGCUGUGAAAGUCGCACACUGAAUAAAAGAAAAAUACUCAAAAAAAAACAAAAAAAAACAACAAAAAAAACAAAA